UUUUUACAUGACAUAUUGAAUAAUAUGGUUUUUACUUUUCAUAAACCUAUUUCCUUGGGAAAAUUUUCUUUCGACGUCUCAUUCCAUAAAUUUCACGUGACUAGACCCAAUCGGGCUGGAUGUAACAAGAUUUAUGAAAUCAGAAGAUCAAAAUGUUUCUUUUUCGAGUUAGCUGAUCCCCCAGCAAACACCAAUGAUAUUCAUCUUAAAAUACACACAAAUGAUUACCACAUGAAAUCAACCCCUAUUAGCUACUCUUCCACCUGUAGCUUUCCUAAUCUGAAAUAUCAGAUUAGUAAGAUGUUACAACAUUUUUUUUCUCAUCAAAAAGUCAUCCCACGUUCUAUUCAAAAGAAAUAUUUUAAUUUUAUUCGUUUCAGAUUGCUCGAUAGAUAUUUUCUUAUCAAAUCACGUGCUGACAAUGUCACACAAAGAAAUUCUCGAACAAAAACUUUUUUUAACUUUUCUUAUAAACGUUACUGUUUUCAUUUUGGUAUUUUUACACCAUGUAAUUUUCACAUCACUUACAAUUUUAACAUUAAACACACACAGGUGUGUCAUGUUCCCUCUCCUUACAUCAUGUCUUAUAAUAGACGAGCUUGUGUCUCUCAUCGAAAAAAUUUAGAUCUUUUUCAUAAUAUUAAAAAACCCACCCC